AUGACCAGUUCAUCAUCAUCACCCAGUUUAAAAGAUUUAGGUAAUCAAUUUUAUGUUAAAGGCGAUUAUGAAAAAGCAAUUGAAUUAUACAAACAAGGAAUUGAGGAAUUGGGAUCCAAUGAAAAUGGUGGAAAUAAUGAAUUAUUAUCAAUUUUAAAAUGUAAUAUAUCGACAUCAUAUAUCCAAUUAAAGAAAUAUGAAGAGUCAUUAAAAUCAGCAUUGGAAGCUAUUGAAAGCAAUCCAAAUUCAGCCAAAGCAUUCCUCAGAGCAGGUGAAUCCUAUAUUGGUUUAAAGUUAUACAAAGAGGCCAAAGAGAAUUAUUUAAUGUGCAUUAAAAACAUCAAUACCAACGAUGAAUCAAGCAAAACAUUAUUAGCAUCGGCAGAAAAUGGCCUUUUAAAUUCAAAAAUGAAACAAUUCUAUCAACCAAUUUUAGAAAGUUCACCAGAGUUAUAUAACCGUGUAGAAAUUAAAUAUUUAGAUAACGUUAAAGAAAAAGCACUAUUUGCAAAAGAAACUAUUCAAAAAGGUGAAAUAGUAUUUUCAGAUUUACCAUAUUGUCAUCAGUUAUCAGUCGAUAGCUUGCACAAUCAUUUUACCAAGAUCUGCAGCCAUUGUAUUAAAUUUAUCAACACAAGCGAAACAACCAUUAUAAAGUGCGGCGGCAAAGGAUGCAACUAUCAAUAUUGUAGCGAAAAAUGUAAACAAGACUCAAUACCAUACCACAGCCAAUCAUGUUUAAAUUUAAGUGAUAAAAAAUCACUUGAAAACAACCCAAUUUAUAAAUAUAGAAAAAUGGUAGAGAACGCACCAACUUCAACACAACUUUUAUUAGCAGAAUCAAUUAUUUCGAUGAUUAGCUAUCUUUUAAAAACCAAAAAAGUAAAGAACUGUAAUUUAGCAUUAGGUAGCGUCACUCAUUUAAAAAGAACAUCAUUAAUGGCCCAACAACCCUCAUUCAAUGGUAAAAACUUAGGAGAUUUACAAAAGCAAUAUCAACCAUUAUUAUCAUUAUUAGAAGAGCAAUAUGGCUUAAAAUUAAAAGAAGAUUUAGAAAAUAAUAUAUUAUCACAAGAGUUUAAGAAAUGCAUUUUAGAAUUUUAUGAUAAUUUAUUAGGUAUGAUUAAUUUUAACUCAACAUCAACCGUAAUUAAAUCAGGAAAUAAAGUUAAUAUUGUAGAAAAUGUUCAAGUAAAAAGUGGUAAAAAAACAAUCACCAAAUCAAAAACCAGAGUACAAGAAGACCAAUGCUGGGGUGUUGGUUUAUUCCCAAUUUUCUCAUGUAUGAAUCACUCUUGUUUACCAAAUAUAGAAAUCUCCAACGAAAUUCAAGAUGGUGUUGAUCGUGUUAAAAUGGUGGUUAAAGCUAAAAAACUUAUUCCAGCUGGAUCUGAAAUUCUUCAUAGUUACUGCGACGAAAAUUUACCAACAAAAGAAAGAAAACAAUUACUUUUAUCUCAAUAUGGUUUUAAAUGUUUAUGUCCAAAAUGUUCAAGAUAA